GUUAUUAUCCUCGCUUUGUGCGUCGCUGCGGCGAUGGCUUUGCCAAAUGGCCAUUCUUUAGUUAUUCAUCACCAUCCAUCUCACCAUGGCUAUGGUCAUGGACAUGGUGGGCACGGAGUCAGCACAAGAUAUGAUGUCAGACACCAUGGUUACGCUCACCCUCAUGGACUUAAAUAUGGCCACGGUAUCGGUUAUGGACAUGGACACCACGGGCACGGACUGGAUCAUGGUUUGGGUCAUGCUCAUGGAUAUGGACUCUCACAUGGAUAUGGACAUGAUUUAGGAUUAGCUCAUGGAUACGGCUUAGGCCAUGGAUUAGGCUUGGGUCACGGACAUGGAUAUGGAUAUCAUUAA